AUGCUUCCCCGGUUAUUCCUGACUAUCUUGCCAGUUUGUUCACCCAAUAUUUCAGACUAUGAGAGACGGGAAAAGCAGAAUUGCGUUAGCGAAGCUUCCUCCGAAAGUUCGAGCGAAAUUACUGAAUUUCAGAGGUUGCUGUUCGAAAUGAGCUACAACAACACUCUCUCCUUCUAUGGCCGACAUCUGAUGUUGAACUCCGAGAGUGACGGUCCGUGCCCAUCUCAUGCCUUCGCUUCGAAAUCGAUAUCUUUCAGUGGCUCCGCUUGCUCUCCAGAUUUGCAACCAUCCGAAUCUUCAAGUGUUCGACCUACGCGGCAACUCGUUAAGCGUGCGUGCAAGCCGACGGAUUGCCGAGGCACUCAAGAAUCAUCCAGAACUGAAGGAAUGCCUAUGGAGUGACAUCUUCACAGGAAGAAUGAGGAGCGAGAUUCCGCAAGUAAUGAACGCUCUCUGCGUGGGUAUCACUGCUUCUAACUGCCGUCUCACCACUCUCGAUCUUUCCGAUAACACAUUCGGAGUAGGACUCACUGAGCCUCUGGCGACAUUCUUGCAGUCUCCUGCGAUGUUCCAGCUUGAGAACCUGAUUCUCAACAAUAACGGACUGGGUCUUGCUGGAGAAGUCGUCGGAGACGCAUUAUGCGCGUUGUUCAGGGCGGCGCUCCAAGCUGGAACACCGUUGAAGCUGAAAAAGUUCGUUUGCGGACGCAAUCGUCUGGAAGUUCAGUCCACCAUUUCCCUCACAAACGCCUUCUUAGUAUGUUUAACUGAUGAGAGCAGGUUUUAAUUCGACAAUUUCAGCUGAUACAAACUUUGGAAGAGAUUCGUUUGCCUCAAAACGCCAUCGCAGGUGAAGGAAUUCGAGCGAUCGCCACCUCAAUUGCGAGAAACAAAAACCUUCGCAUUCUCGAUCUCAACGACAACAUUAUCGGACCAGAUGCAUCGUUGGAUCUCGCUGAAGCCAUUAGCGAGCUGCCUGCCCUGGAAGAGCUCGAUCUGGGCGACUGUGUCUGCGAUGAUCCGGGAAUUCUUGCCCUACUCGCAGGAUUGGAAGGAUGUUCGCGCGAAAAUCUUCAGAGAGUUAUCUUGAACGGAAACAACAUAACUUCAGAAAUCGUCGAUGCAAUUGGGAGGUUAUUCAGAAGCGCAUUGAUGUGCCACGUGUGAGUGAAAAGUUCACAGUUCACAAUUUUUGGGGGAAAUCUAUUUUUUCGUUUUUUUUUUGCGGGGAUCAAAAUUAAAACUUUUGCUUUGAUGCCAAUAAAAACUAUUUUUGAGAACUACAUUUCUUUUUUAUGCUCGAUACUUGCAAAAUUCGUUAGUUCUACGAAAAACAAACAUUUUAUUUAAUCAAUAGUUCAAAAUUUGGACGAAAAAAAUUUCCAACGACACUCCGGAAUUACGUCGCCCCCUGUUUAGCGCCUUCGGAUUUAAAUUCGAAUUUUCUCCAAAAUUCGAAUUAAAUACAAAUAAUAAUUCGAAUUUAAUUCGAAUUUUGCAGAAAAUUCAAAUUUAAUUCGAAUUUCGCAGAAAAUUCGAAUAUAAUUCGAAUUAAAUUCGAAUUAUUAUUCGUAUUUAAUUCGAAUUUAAUUCGAAUUCACCAAAUAUUCGAAUUUCAAAAUUCGAAUUUACACACUGGUUCACACUACUAAAACGGAUUGAACACAACGACUCUUUCAGGCAAGUUGACGUUUCGGAAAACAUGUUCGGAGAAGAUUUUGAAAGAGCAAGGGCCACCUACGGAACCGGCACCAACAUGUACUUUGGUCAUCAGGGGUGCGUCACAGUGAAAAGUCCACAAAUUGUGGAUACCAGUGAUGGUUCUGACUUUUCAAGAUAAUAUUACAUUUCCCGGCCGAGUUGCAGGCUCGUAAAUUUUGUUUGUUUGUUAGCGGACAUGAUAUAAUUUCAAGAGUCACAGUCAUGAGGUGUUCCUAGAGCCACGGUGCAAGACUCUUUUCUUCAGGACUAUCCCGGUAUCCGUGAUUUUUGAAUUUCCCGCCGUUCUGUCGCAAUCUCAAUUUAUUUCAAAGUUUGGAUUAUUCCAGAAACGACGAUCUUCCCGUAGAACGCGACGAGCAAGCGGCUGACGACGGAAGCAUGGAGGACGACGCAAACACUUCCCGUGAGACUGUCAUAGAUCGAUCGGUGAGAGAAGAGCCGAGAACUGGAAGCGCAGACAAAAUGCUUGAUGACUUGGUAAACGAAGGAUUCGGGUGCAUGAGAAUCGGAGAGGACAACAAAGGAGUCGUCUCGUUCCUCGACCAGUCACUCAAGUUGGACUCAGCUGAAAGUGCCCAAAGAGUCGUCCAAGUUAUCAAUUCGACGGUUGUGAUGAAGACGUUGGAACUGCGCGGAAAUACUCUCGGAAUCGCUGCGGGAAAUGUGAUCGCCUCUGCCAUUGAACGGCAUCCUGAGCUCGAAAGAUGUCUGUGGAGUGAUCUGUUCACUGGUCGUCUCAAGACUGAGAUUCCGCCUAUUCUGGAAUCCUUGGGAAAGGCGAUUAUCCACGCCGGCUGCAAGAUCCGUGAGCUUGACCUGUCCGACAACGCAUUCGGGCCAAUCGGGGCAGAUGCACUCAUCGAGCUCCUUGAGUCACCUUCCGCGUACACACUGGACACAUUGAAGCUCAACAACAACGGACUCGGAAUCGGUGGAAAACAGAUUGCGAAGUCAUUGACUGAAUGCCUUCAGAAUUCAUUGGCUGUCGGUGGAGAGACUCGUCUCCGUUUGAAGACGUUCAUCGCAGGACGCAACAGGCUCGAGAAUCCUGGAGCCCAUGCUCUUGCGGCCACUUUCAAGUCGCUGGAAACUGUCGAGUGGUUCGAUGUGCGUCAGAACGGAAUCCAUGAAGAAGGUAUCCGUGCUCUCGUCGCCGCUCUCAAGCACAACCGUAAUCUCCGUCAUCUCUGGCUCGAAGACAAUACCGUUCUGCCGAAAGGAGCCAAGGCACUGGCGAAAACUCUCGAAUCGUGGCCAAAGCUUGAGGUGCUUAAUCUGUCGGACUGUCUUAUCCGUGACGCCGGGUGCAAUUACAUCGUUGAUCAUCUGAACCCGUCUCUUCAUCGCCAACUCAAGGUUACCAAUAAUAUAUGCUCGGUUUUCUUGAUGCUAACUUUCAGAAUGUGUAUCUGUGCGGAAACGAGCUGACGCCACCGACUGCGAAACUGAUUAUUCAGAAAUGGGCCAAGUUUGAUGGUCUCACUCCGAAGCCAGUGCUUCACAUUCACACAAACUCAUUCGGUGACGAGUUCGAUGAUGUUGCCGCCGUAGCCCCAGAAAACGUGAACGUCGGAGACGAAGAAGACGAUCUCGGUUCAUUGGAUGGCGACGCGGAAGAAUACAACAGCAAGUCGUCUGAUGAAGCUGAUAUGGAAAGCGAGGGGCAGGACGAAAGCUCGGAUGAUCUGGUUGAAAUUGUGGAGACUGCCGACAGUCUGCUCAAAAAGGCGUUGGAGCGUAUUGAGAAGUUGGAUGUAAGGGGAAACUGACUGGAACACGUACUUCAUCUCAUUCUCAGAUCGACUUCGAGAGCAGAUGGCAGGAGGAAACCGCCAGAGUCAUUCUGCAGUUGGCCGCUCCGCUCAAGAACUGCGGAAUGAGUGCGCCUGCGCUGGCCCGUGCCGUUGCAGUUGCAGGUGAGCAUUGGAAAAUGGGAACAUUUCUGACGUUGUACGGUUUCAGAGAACAUUGUGCUCCAAGUGGCCGCAGUCAAAAGAAAUCCGAUUCCGGCGACGACACAACUCAUCAAUAACAUUGUUGCGCAGUGCAAAGGAACGGGAGUAAAGGUAGGAAAACAUUCGGAAACGUUCAGAAAUGGGAUUGAUUGCAGGCGGAACUGGAUUGGGGCUACAACGCUGACUUGGAAGUGAUCUCUCGUCUGCUCAAGGAGCUUCUCAAUCGCGGACACUUCCAUCACGAACGUACGCUCAUUCAACGCUUCUUCGUGAGUUUUCAAGAUAUAAAAAAUUAAAAUAUUUGUUAAUUUCAGCCGGCUGCAGUCUAA